CCAAGAUCAACUGCGAAGCUCGCAAUGUAAAACCCUCGCUAAAACCCCCCAAAAACACGCAGCAACCGCCUGAAAAACUACCGAAAGGCACCUCAAUCGCGCCGGAAAUGGCUGCUCUGGUGCCAGAAACUGCCCAAAGAAUCUUCACCCCCGAAGCCCUCCGCUCCGCCGCCAAGCAAUCAGAGCGCUGCCACAUCGUCCCCGUCCGGCUUCGCAGAGCCAUCAAAAAAUUCCUCCGAGAACAGGAGGAGCCCCACAUGAAGAGGAAGGUGCUGAGGCUGUCAGAGUCGUUCUGCGAAAUCAAGGAUGUGAAUCUACUGCUCACAGCCUCCACUUCUAGGGAGCUGGUUGAAGAUCCUCUCAAGUCCAUGGAACGGUCCAAGCGGUGGAAGAUCAAGAGUGCGUACGGUGACAUUGGGCUCAAGUACAGAGACGAUGAGACCGUCGCUUAUGUCGCUUCUCGAAUGCCCGCUGUUUACUCGGCGUGUUAUAGAGUUCUUAGUGAGGUUCGGAGAAGAUUACCUGGGUUUUCUCCAGCUGGGGUAUUGGAUUUUGGUUCUGGAACUGGUUCGGCACUGUGGGCAUUGCGGGAGGUCUGGCCACGGACUUUGGAAAGAAUUAAUUUAGUUGAGCCAUCAAAAUCGAUGCAACGUGUGAGUCAGAGCCUUAUACAAGAUCAGAAGAACCUGCCUCUUAUACAUAGCUAUGACAGCAUUCAAGCUCUAACUCAGAAUAUCAGUAAGUCCGAGAGAGAGCAUGACCUUGUAAUUGCUUCCUAUGUGCUUGGAGAGAUUCCUUCCCUGAAGGACAGAAUUACAAUAGUGCGCCAGCUUUGGGAUCUUACACGGGAUGUUCUGGUUUUGGUUGAACCUGGAACACCUCAAGGAUCUAAUAUCAUAUCUCAAAUGCGAUCUCAUAUUUUAUGGAUGGAAAAAAGGAGAAGUCGCAAAAAUGAAGAUGCAUCAGAUGAAGUUUCUAAGGAUAAGAUGGCUCUCAAAGGUGGUGCAUAUAUAGUUGCUCCUUGUCCUCAUGAUGGACCUUGUCCACUGGAGAAAACUGGAAAAUAUUGUCAUUUUGUUCAGCGCUUGCAGAGGACGACAUCACAGCGAGCAUACAAGCGUUCCAAGGGCGAGCCUUUACGUGGUUUUGAAGAUGAGAAAUUUUGCUUUGUUGCUUUCAAGCGAGGACAACGACCACGGGAACCUUGGCCACUUGAUGGUAUGAAAUUUGAUACUUUGAAAGAGCAGCAUGCAAAAAGAAAUCCAGAAGACCUUGAAAUUGACUUUGAGGACCAAUUUCAGUUGGAAGAUGAGGAUAUCCCAUAUCAGGAAGAUCCUGUUUCCUAUGAUUCUGAUGUUAUAGAAACAGCUGCCAUUGAUGAUGACAAUGAAGAAGAAGAAGAAGAAGAAGAAGAAGAGGGAGAUGAAGAAACAACAAAUGCUGAUCUUGGUAGCGGUUGGGGCAGGAUCAUCUUCACACCUGUCCGGAGGGGCAAGCAGGUUGCAAUGGACGUCUGCAGAGCAACCAACCGUGAAGGAUCUGAGGGCUCAUUUGAUCGUGUGGUCAUUACGCAGAGUAAAAAUCCCACAUUACAUCGACAAGCUAGAAGAUCUCUCUGGGGGGAUUUGUGGCCCUUCUAAACCAGGAAAAGGGCCAUUCCUUUUCCAUAUUGUCACUAAAUGUAAAUGCAGACCAUGUUACAUCAAGCCAAGACCAGCUAACAUUUCAAUUUCUCAGUACCCGCUAAAUAUUCACAUUAUUCUUUCAUUUCAA